AGAGACAAGAUGAACCGUCUUCCCGAACGCGUUCAGAUACCUUCUUGGACAUCUAGGUUCAGGACGUUAUGUUAUAACUCUUUAAACUUCUAUCGGGUCCAUCUGUUAGCAUUCACCAUUAUACCUUUGUUCUUCUCUGGUAUAAUGUACGGUAUCAACACUGAAUAUCAUAUCGCCUAUAUCGAUUGUUUAUUCUGUUGCAUGUCAGCAAUGACAGUGACAGGAUUAGCAACUAUCGAUCUUAGUACGUUGAGUGCGAUGCAACAAGUGAUAUUAUUCUGGCAGAUGAUCAUCGGUAGUCUGACUUUUGUAUCGAUCAUCAUGAUUUCCGUCAGACAACAUUUCUUUCGAGCUAAAUUUCGACAUGUGAUACAAGAAAGACAAGGCAGGAUGUUCACAUUACCUCAAACUUUUUCUUUCAUGACUACUGGUCCUAGGAAUAUAAAACAUAAAUUGAGCACGGUACUUCGAUCCAGUAACGAUCAACCAACCAGCAAUGGACAUGCAGGUGGAAAACACGAUUCUUUACAUUCAUUCACGGAAAUGGACACUGUUGAACCUUCUCAAAGAAAACCAAAUCAAAAGGGAAAACAAAAAGGUUUCAAGAAAGAUAUCCGUAAAGAAAUGAUCAAACGAGUGGAAGGUGGAGGAGUUGGGUUGAUCAAUCCAAUGGGAUGGUAUGAUGCUACUGGAGGGGAGAAACCUGUGGAUCGACGAUUGAACGAACUGCAACUAUCAAGAGGUGAUACACCGAGUGGAAGUGGACGUAAUUCCCCCAGUAUUUUAGACUUGCCUCAAGGUGAUAUAGCUUUUGCGGAGAUGGGUGGACAUAGGUCUACGACUUUUGCAGAGAGUCCAGCGGAGAUAGAUCCUAAUGAACCUAACGAAAGGGCAGAAACUAGGUUGAGAGGUUUUGGAGGGUUUCCAACUCCUUUUCAAUUACUGAGGGAUGGGUUCAGAAAGGCGUUCCCCGAUACUUCUAGGACAUUGACGAAAUCUGUAAGUAUGCCAAGGGUGAACACGUUGGCAGGGAGGGGAAGUGUUUAUGGAGAUGGAGGAGCAAAGGAAGUACCGUAUAUCUCUUUCUCGGCUACAGUAGGAAGAAACAGUCAUUUUACCGGUUUGACACAGGAACAAUUGGAUGAAUUAGGGGGUGUGGAAUACAGAGCUUUGAGAGUUUUAUUUUGGAUCGUGGUUUCGUAUUUCGUCUUUGUACAACUUGCAGCAUUCGUCAUCAUCACCCCGUACAUGUCAGCAGGUGGGAGAUACGACGCCGACUUUCGAAAUCAGCCUCGAGCAGUCAGUAUUCCUUGGUGGGCUUUGUUUCAAUCAGUAUCGGCGUUUUCCAAUACGGGUAUGAGUUUGGUGGAUCUUAGUUUGAUACCAUUCCAAAGAGCGUAUCUGAUGAUAUUUGGUGAGCGCUUCUUCUCCCCUGCAUCCCUGCCUUUGUGUUUCCCUCCUCUUUGGGCAGUGUACAAGCUUGUCCCUGUCGAUUCGCGCAUCAGAGAAUCACUCAAAUUCUUGUUGGACCAUCCUAGACGAUGUUUUGUCUAUCUCUUUCCUUCCACGCAAACGUGGGUAUUGGCGAUUGUUAUGCUUGUUCUCACUCUCAUCGAUUGGGUCAGUUUUCUAGUUCUAGACCUUGGGACCCCCACCAUCGCCUCUAUCCCAGUUGGCACCCGAGUCGUCGCCGGUCUCAUUCAAUCUGCCGCUGUCCGAGCAGCAGGAUUCGGUAUCGUAUCUCUCUCACUUUUAGCACCAGCUGUCAAAGUAUUAUAUGUCAUCAUGAUGUACGUAUCGGUUUAUCCUAUUGCUCUUUCCGUUAGGGCUACCAACGUGUAUGAAGAACAAUCUCUGGGUCUUUUCAAGGAUGAAGAGGGAGAGGAUCUGGAGAUGAAAGAAGAGGGAGCUCAAGCUGUCGCGAAAUACGUUGGAUGGCAUGCUCGUCGUCAACUGGCAUUUGACAUUUGGUGGCUCGGCUUUGCACUCUGGGUAGUAUGUAUCAUCGAGAGAGGUAAUUUGGACAAGACGGAGAAUGCUAGAUGGUUUAAUAUUUUCGCUGUGAUCUUUGAGUUGGUCAGUGCGUAUGGGACUGUCGGUCUGUCUCUGGGUGUACCAUAUGACAAUUAUUCAUUGUGCGGAUCAUUCAGGACAUUGUCGAAAUUAGUCGUGAUUGCGGUCAUGCUCCGUGGACGUCAUCGAGGAUUGCCAGUGGCGAUUGAUCGUGCCGUCAUGUUACCAAAAGAUUUCACAGAACAAGAUGAAAUAGCUUUUGAACAAGAACGUUCACGUCGAUUAUCUCGUCGAACAUCUUCCAUCCUUCCUGAU